CAAUUACGGUACAUGUGCACCUGUCACCGUUAAGUUCGCCAUGCAGUUCACCUGAGCUAACUUCAAAGCCAGUAACUUUUUUUUUUCAAUCAUGAAAUUGUGCUAAAAACGAGUCUGCAAAGGUUAAAAUGGUGACAUUGCCUUCAUUAGAAGCCUACCAAGCAGCGCUGAUUUUGUCAGGCACGGGCGACGCACUGGGUCUGGGGUGCAAAAAUGGAAGGUUAUCCGGUGCCGAAGUCCAACAAUCGAUGUCUUCAAUGGGCGGUGUUGACGCGAUCGAAGUCAAGCCACCAAGAUGGCCGGUGGGGCAAAACACCGUGCUGCAUCUGGUGACGGCCGAGGCCCUGGCCACGGGCCGGACAUCCGAGACACUGUGGCCGGAACUGGCCGCCCGGUACGUUGAUUGCAUGUCGGCGCGAAUGAUGGCCAACCGGCGGCCGAGCACGAGCCUCCUGCGUGCCACCGCCUUGCUGCGGCCGGCCGAGCCCCAGGGAUGGGAGCUACCGUUCGAUGACUCCUCCCGUACGGCCGUUGAGGCGUGCCCGGCUGUCCGGUCGGUCUGCAUCGGACUUCGCUUCCACAAGCCCAGUCAGCUGGGCUCUCUGAUCUCCACGGCCGUUGAGAGUGCCAGGAUAACCCAUCACCACCCGACGGCCUACCUCGGUGCCGUCACAGCGGCGCUGUUUACAUCCUACGCAGCACAGCGCCGCGAGCCUCGGGAGUGGGCCGCCAGCCUCCUCGAGGUCAUACCUGAGGUGCUAGGCUAUGUCGUCUCGACCGGUCGGGACGUGGACGACAACCAGAGAUCGUGGUGCUACUUCGGGGACAUAUGGAAGGAGUAUGUCUCAAUACGGGGCAUAUCGGACGGGGAAAGCGCGCCUAAGUUUCCCCGGAGGUACGGGCCGGAUAGACGGGACGAAUUGUAUCGUCGCUUCGCAGGAAAUGACAUGGUUGCCGGAAGCUGCGGACAUGAUGCUCCGCUUAUUGCAUACGAUGCCUUCUUGUGUUCCAACUCCUGGCAAGAUCUUUGCGACCGGGCCAUGUUGCACGGCGGCGAGGGCAGCUCCAGCGGGGCUAUCGCGGCCGGCUGGUGGGGGCUGAUGCACGGUCUGAGCGGCGUGCCGGCAGGCAACCACGCCCGGCUGGAGUUCCGCGACAGACUCGCGGAAGCCGGGACUAAACUCUUCUCCAUGAGCUUCUAGUGUGUGCUAUAAACAGUGUGAGCAUUAUGUCAAAAACAGUAAAUAUUCAUGGUUAAGCCUAACAAAAAUAAUGUGACUGCGGUUUGGUUCAAGGUCCAUAUCAUAAUAUUUUGAGAUAGGGGUUCAUUAAAUUUGCAAGUCAUUCAUUUGGACUUUUGUGUGGACUUCGUCAAGUCGGCAUGCUUCUCCUUUCUCAGUGAAAUACGCUUGUCAUCACUGGUCACUUUAUUUCUGAGUAAAUACCUUUACAAUUUUGUUGAUUACGAAAUUACCGUCAUGUUUGUACUCAGUGUUGCAGGAAAAGGAAAAUAUAAAAAGAUGCCAGCAACAA